GAAUGAUGGCACCGAGUUUGGUGGGUCUAUUUAUCAGAAGGUUAAUGAUAAGACUGAGACAUCAGUCAAUCUUGCAUGGACUGCUGGCAGUAACAACACACGUUUCGGUAUUGCUGCAAAGUACCAACUGGAUGAGAAGACUUCUGUUGUGGCUAAAGUGAACAAUGCCAGCCUCAUUGGAGUUGGUUACACUCACGCCCUCCGACCCGGUAUAAAGCUGACCCUCUCAGGCUUGAUUGAUGGCAAGAAUUUCAGUGCUGGAGGUCACAAAAUUGGGCUGGGAUUUGAGCUGGAAGCUUAACUCAGCUUAAAAGAAAACUGGUGAUGCUCUGGAAGAUGAAGGAAAACUGUACCCAGUGUGUUUUGGCCUUAAUUUUACUCUGAAAUUUGAAGAAGUGUGAACUUUCUACUCUUCCAAAGAAUGAUUUUAAUCCAAUGCUGAAGUCCAGAGAGUGCCAGCACAUCAGAGGGAGACAGCUGAAGGUAUGCAUGGAAGUUACGAUGUUUGUGCCACAUUUCACUUCAGUUUCCUGUAUUUUAAAUCUGUUCCUAAAAAAACCAGAAGAAAAUCCAGCUUCUCCCGGUUAUUGUACUGCGUUUUGCAUGUCCUACAUGUCACAGCCUUUUAAAAAAGGUCGUCUGUCCUGUAGUGGAAAAUUUGGGUUUACAUCAGAAUGAAAUAAAUUGGCCACGGUUAGAAC